AUGGAUGCGCCGUUAGACGGGCUGGCCUGUCUGCACUUUGCCUUGAUUUAUAUCGAUGACAACGGCAAGCUGCGUUUCGAAGCAUCGCCUUCGAUUGCGAAUAGCUGCCAGACGAUUUUGUCACCAAAUGUGACCGAAAACUUCCUAAGAGCCGUGGCCCUGGCUGGGAAAGGCGACUCGAAUAAACUUCUAGAAGGGUCGAGAGGCCGAAGUCCUUUGUCGCCAGAGUCUCCUAAUAGCAAAUCUAUGUAUAAUCCCACCCCAGAGCCUUCGUCAAACAAGCGGAAACGGGUGUCCCAUGAAUGCCUUGUGCCAAUGAGCAUAACCUGCCACCAAAAGACCAUGCUUCCUAUUCGCGACGCCAGUAUACUCCGGAGAUACUAUGAGAAGGCCUUCGAUGGCCUACAGCAGAUCAACUGUCGUAUUCUUGCCAAAGCAUAUAUCAAGCUUGUUGAGCCCCGCAAGCAGGUCAACUAUCCUUACAAUGGACGCAAGAUCAUUUCUGGCACUUCCCAACAAUUUGACCCCGAGCUCACCAAGCCCGCCUGGUGGCCGGCGGGUGUCACCCACCGAGAGCCUGACCACCUUCUCAAGAAUGAUCGAGUUCGACUCCUGGUGCACAUUCUUUGUGAAUUGCGCGAAAGCCACGGUAUCUGCGUCGAGAAACUCAAAGAAGCGGACCAAGCCGUGCGUCGGCAAAUUGCACCCGUUGAACGGUUAGCCAUACUCGAUGAGAUCUACCACGUUCGAGAGGAGGAAGAACGGUAUUUGGAUGGCCGAACGGACGGACCCAUGGUUGUAUGUGUAUCACGCGUUCAUCUCCCCGAGCAGCUCGCAGACAGCCAAUCCAUGGGCUCCCCGACUAGCUCAUCCAUGAAGGACGGCCUCAACCCAGUGUAUCGCAAAGAAAUCCCCGACCUGGAGUCCCAUACCUCCGUCUUCCCUUCCACCAACAGCUCCCCUGUCAUAUCGAAAAGCAGCAGCGGCACCAUCACCGCCACCACCAACCCAAACACCAGUCCCGCGAAAUCCCUGGAGCCCUGCAAAGGCCCCAGCGUUCAGGUAUCAUGGGACAGCAGCACUCCGACUUCAUCAUAUGCACCCCUCAGCGGUAGCAACACCCUGAAGCGGCCUCGCGAGGGGGACAGCACGACCACAUAUCCGCUCGACCUGGCCAGCGGCUCCAUGUACCACCACCACGAACCAUCCUCCCUCGACGCCAGCACGUACCCGCUCAAAUAUUACCCCCACACCCAGGCGCAAACGACGCUGCCUGUAAUCGGACUAUCGAGCACCGAUCUGGGAGGCUGCCCGAACCCAUAUUAUUUUAAUUAUUGA